AUGGACGCUGCUGAUCGUAGCGGAGAUCCCAACUUUCCUCACGGUCUUCGAAUCCAUCCAAGCAGCUCGCAAAGGCAUUCCGAACCCGACAGUGGUCCGACAAAAGCUGCUCAGGACCGACAUUCCGGGCCAGAGACAGAUGGAGAAGCUUCAAGUUCGGCCCAGACAGCCUCGUGGGAGCAAGACACGGUCGAGGACAUCCAAGCAUUCGGCAUAGCAGGAAGAAUCUGGGAAGCUGCGUAUCUGCUUGCACGAUAUCUUCGCCCAGCCCAACAGGUGCCUGGCGAGCUCGAGUUCGACCCGCCUUGCUCCCUCUUCAACACGACCAGUGACGAACCCUUGACAAUCGUCGAGCUUGGAUCCGGGGCUGGAUACGGCUCCUUGCAUCUUGCACGACAGCUUCAGCAACAUGCCACGGAAACCGGCAGCAAGUCUUCGAAGGCGACACUCGUGCUGACGGAUCUGGAAAACGUCGUACCUCUGAUGGAACGAAACGUAGCCCGAGCCGGAUACAAACAAGCCACGGAGCUCUUGGACGUACGCGUACGCAGCUUGGCCUGGGGCAACGACGCUCAUGCUGAAUCGCUCAUCUCGGAGCUGCAAUCGCUCGCAUCCAACGACGUCAAGGCGGCUGAAGCAAAUCCAAUCUCACACAUCCUGUGUUCUGAUCUGGUCUACUUUCCCGAACUUUUGCCGCUACUGCUGAGGUCCAUCAUAUCGCUCUCCUCGUACGGGUCCGCCGCGAGGUCAAGAUACCCUUCAAACAGCUCGGGACCAGAGCUCAUCAUCUCAUACAAGAUUCGCUCCUUGAUCAAAGAGCAGCCUUUCUGGUUUGCUCUCGAUUCUUGGUUCGACUUUCAGGCUGUCGACUGCCGGUCGAUCCCUCGAACAAACGGCCCCACCACAGCACAGGACGCAGAAGAAAGGACGGAAUCGGAUUGUCAUCGCUUCGGUUCGGAGGGUCAAGACUAUGGCGCACCAGCAACUUCGGAUCAAGAGCUGUUCGUUUUCGUGGGACAUCGAAGAAGGGACACGAUCGGAUGUCUAGCGCCGGAGAGCGAUAGCGAGCUCAUGCAGGGCAAGCGUCUGAGGCCUCGUCAGGGUCCAGACGGAGUGACUGUUAUGACCAUAGAAGCCUCGUCGGGACAAGACUACUUCGAGUGGCUGCUACUAUCCAACAUGGGAGCGGGCUUGGAUUGA